AUCUAAUAUUCCUUUAUUGUGCGCAGAGCCUGGAAACUCGAUACAAUGAUACAGAGAACUCAAUGCGUUUGUAUACGUCUUGUUUAUAUACAUCUAUAUGUAUAUUUGUCCGCUACGAUCGGCCGACUGAUACGUCUGGUGAAUUUAUCAAUGCGCGCUCUAUCAAUGAAAGGAUCACAAUUACCUUUUCGGCGUAGCAUCCUGUUGAGCCGCAACAACAGGAUUUCCUACCGAAUUUUGGCCUCUGGCCCAAUUAAUUCUUUCCACCGUCAAAUUUGCGGAAUUUUUUGCGGUUUUCCGUUUUCCGAUGUAAGUUCCGACAGGAUAUUCCGCGCGGUUCGCGAUAAACGUGGAGAACGUACGGUUAUAAUUCAAUUGCGAAGGAAUGAUAAAAGGCGCGGUAAAUUGCCUAAAUUGGAUUGAUCGAAUUUCGCCGUAAGUCCGAGAGCAAGAGGUGUUUGAAGGUCCGUUUAAUCGAUAAUCGACUACGGUAUCCUGGCAACCGAAUAGCACGUUUAUCAAUUUCGGCGGCUAUCGGUUGCAUACACCGUGCCGCAUAUUCGAUAUGCGAGAGCCACAUCUCCUCCAUAGGCACUUAAACGUCGGAAGUGAAGUGUUUUGUAAACGAUGGGUAAUACCGAGAGCAAUGUUACGAGCGGCGUGAAGAAACAAACGGACACGUCGUCCAUCCUGCUCUAUAAAUUAGUCAACUUGAAUGGUGGCGGAUUGUUAGUGGAUAUGAUGAAGAGAGCCUCUCAGACCAAGCAGUACGCGGAGUUGGAUCACGCGAUGAGAACGAAGGUCGAGCCGUUUUUGUACAACAAAGGAAAGGGCAAAUGGAUACCCAUAGAAAAAUUGGUCCUCCUACGAAAUAAGGAUCGUCCGCGACAUAAAAUGCUACCACCUUUGAAAGCCAUGGAAAAUCCAGCGGAUUACGAUAUCGAUAAGGAUAUGGGCGAUGAGGAAGUCGACGAAGCUAAGAUAGAUAAAAGCAAAUAUAGGCUGGUGUGCUGGAAUCUGAGCGACAGAGGUGCCGUCGGCGAAACCAUUUUGCAUUUGUGCAUGUUGAACGCGACAGCCAUCCACGCCGAUUUGGCGAAACGACUGUUGCGUUUCUAUCCUCUGCUUAUAUACGAUAUUUAUUUGUGCGACGAGUAUUACGGGGAGAAUGUCUUGCACAUCGCUAUCGUUAACGAGGACCCGUCGUUGGUCAAGUUUCUUCUGGAUAGUGGAGCGGACGAUCCGCGCAUUAUCCACGAAAGGUGCUUCGGCACCUUCAUGUGUCCGGAGGACCAGAAGGCGUCGAGGUUUGACAGUAUGGACCACGAGUGGGUGUGCGUCACACCGGAGACCGAUUACAAUGGCUAUGUGUACUGGGGAGAAUAUCCGUUGAGUUUCGCCGCAUGCCUCGGUCAGGAAGAGUGCUACAGGCUUAUACUAGCCAGAGGCGCGGAUCCUGAUAAGCAGGACACGAAUGGCAACACCGUUUUGCACAUGCUGGUGAUAUACGAGAAAAUAGCUACGUUCGACAUGGCUUAUGAGGUAGGAGCUUCUCUCGACAUAAGAAACGUUCAACACCUAACUCCGUUGACCUUAGCAGCAAAGUUGGCCAGGAUCGAGAUGUUCUUUCACAUCCUGAACAUCGAAAGAGAGAUAUACUGGCAAAUCGGUAGUAUAACUUGCGCAGCCUACCCUUUAUCGCAAAUAGAUACGAUCGAUGUUAACACGGGGACAAUUAACAAAACUUCUGCCCUGAAUCUGGUUGUUUUUGGCGACAAAGAUGAACAUUUAGAGUUGAUGGACGGAAUGCUAGUCGAUCUGCUAAACGCCAAGUGGAACACUUUCGUUAAAUCUCGAUUUUACCGUCAAUUCUUCCUCUUCUGCUUCCACUUCGUGCUGUCGCUGAUUAGCUUCACUCUUCGCCCUGGCCCGUCGACCAUGGAAACAGAUGAAAACGCGAACGAUACGUCGACGAAGACAAAUUCUUCAAAUAUAACAGAGCCCAUAAUUCUCAAGCCCCUCCAAAGCUCGGAUCUGUCGGAACUGGUUACGAAUAGCUUCGUGGCGGCUUUUGCGUCGAAUCUCAAGUCAUCCUUAAACAUGACGCAGGAAUCAUUGGAGAAAAUCCAGCUGCAAGUAACAUCGAAUAUCACGUCGGCCUUGAAGAGCAUUUUGCUCUUGACGUUGAACGAAAACGAGGGCAUUCUGAGUCCUCCUGACGAGGCCACCAUCCAUACGCCGUGGUAUACCGACAGCUCUCCAAAUACGUCGGACUAUUUCACAGAUCUCUACAAUAAAACUGUCGUAGCCGAAAAUUCGACUGUCAAGGCAGUUGUCGAUGACGUCGCGCAAACCGAUUACUGGUGGGACGAUUUCGCCGAGGAGUGUAGACUGAUGCAGCUAACAGAAACGAGUGCGAAGAUUCGUCUAACUGCGGAAACUUUUAUGUACAUCGCAGCGGUGCUUUAUAUCUUGGCUGCAUUGAGGGAGGCGAGAUUUUUAGGUCUCAACAUGUUCAUCGAAAAUCUCGCGACGGCGCCAUCGCGCGUGAUGUUUCUGUUCUCGUGCUGUAUCCUGCUGUCGUUCCCAUUUUUGCGAUUUGUCUGCGCGGACGAGAUCGAAGACAUACUGGCGGUCGUGGUGAUGCUGACGACCGCGCCGUACUUUCUGUUCUUCUGCCGGGGCUUCAAGACGGUGGGGCCGUUCGUCGUGAUGAUUUACAGGAUGAUCAUGGGCGACCUCCUCAGAUUCGUCUGCAUCUACCUUGUCUUCGUUAUGGGAUUCUCCCAAGCGUACUACAUCAUAUUCCUGUCGUUCGACAAUCCGAACACUCCGGAGGGCACCGACGACUCGAUAACGAAUCCGAUGCCGUCGCCGAUGGAGAGCGUCAUGGCGAUGUUCCUGAUGAGCAUGACGAACUUCGGAGAUUACUUUGGCGCGUUUGAAAGAACCGAGCACGAGUUCGAGGCCAAGCUGCUGUUCGUGUUGUACAUGGUGAUCGUGGCGAUCCUGCUCGUAAACAUGUUGAUCGCCAUGAUGGGCAACACUUACCAGAAGAUCGCCGAAACCAGGAAUGAAUGGCAGCGGCAAUGGGCGCGGAUAGUUUUGGUCGUGGAGAGAGGUGUCAGUCCCGCUGAAAGGCUGAAAAAAUUGACAGACUAUUCUCAGCCCAUGUCCGACGGCCGUCCUGCGUUGGUUCUUCGAUUACAUCAAACUGUGAGUAUACAUAUACGUAAAUCUGCAUCUAGAACAAAUAGACCAUCCGCGGUAUCGAUUUUAGGAGGAGGACAAGGAAGAGAUGAAGGAGAUACUCGAGAUGAAGAGAACCCACGAAAAAUUGUUGAAGAAAAGACAAUGCAGGAUGUCAAAGGAGAAGAUUCUGUCUUGAGCGGGGAAGCCCAUUAAAAAAAGUAAUGAACAUCUUGUUUAUCUCGAACUUUGUGCAAACUUUCUAUUUUUGAAAAUUGUUAAUUAAUUAAUUUAACUUAUUUCUGGCUACGAAAUAAUUUUGUACGAAUUAUAAGAAAAUAAAAAGAUUGCGUUAUAAA